AUGGAUUUUAAACAUGCUGAAAAAGAAACAGUGGACCCCACCUAUGUAUGGAUUGGACCUAAUAAUAAUAAAUUAGAAGAAAGCAGCCGAGUAAACCUGACGAACACAGGCAAGCUGAUGAUAAGUGACUUCCUGGAGUCCUUUUCUGGACCGUACACGUGCACUUUCUCCUACAAGUCUGUCAAAGCGGAGACGCAAGCAGAGAAAGCUGUGACGAAGACAUACGAAUUUGUGAUGUUUGCCUAUCGGGAGCCCGAUUAUUCCUAUCAGAUGGCCGUGCGCUUCACCGCAAAGUCUUGCGCAGGGAGAUCUAAUGACCUGCUCUUUAGCGUGCUGAAGAAGAUCUUGGACAAUCUAAUCUCCGAUUUGACAUGCCAUAUCAUAGAACCGUCCUAUAAGUGCCACCACGUCAAAAUCCCCAAACACGGCCUCAUGCACGAACUCUUCAUAACCUUUCAAGUCAAUCCCUUUGCACCAGGGUGGAAAGCUGCAUGCAACCACACCCUUGACUGUGAAGACAUCACUAAUCGUAAUGUCCUCCAGGCAAGAGAUCGGAUCGAAGAAUUUUUCCGGAGCCAAGCAUAUAUUUUCUACCAUGACUUUAAUAAAACUCUACCCGCGAUGCAUUUUAUAGACCACAGUUUCCAAGUGAUACGUCUGGACAGCUGUCGUCCGGGCUUUGGGAAAAACGAAGCUGUGCACAGCAAUUGUGCUAGCUGUUGCGUGGUGUGUAGUCCUGGGACCUUUAGUCCUGAUAUUGAUGUUACUUGUCAGACCUGCAUUUCCAUCCUUGUCUAUGGAGCUAAAACUUGCCCAUAACCUUCAAACAAAAACCAGCAAGAAGAAGAAGAGAGGUGACAGCCCUGUUACUUGCUUGUGGAAGUAGGGGGACACACGAUUUAUUCUUGUCCCAAAGCAUCUUAGAAGCCUCAGAGAUAGCUCCAUUAAGUAAAACCAGUAAGGCCCAAACCUUGGAAGACAUGCAUCUUGGAAACUGUAAGAAAAUAAUUGACACGGUGUUUCUCAGAAGGCUUGUAGACCAGUAUCUCCAGUGUACAAAGGGAAAUGUAAGUAUUAGUAGAUGACUUUUGGUGGCGUAUGCUUGUGUGUUUACAAACAGAAUCUACUUGCCCUGAACCCAAAGCGAUGUCAAGCUCAAGGGGAGUGGU